AUGUCUACUACAACUAAUAAACUCAUUUAUAAAUCCAUCAAUCAAGAUCAAAAAAUACAAUCCAAUGAAAUCAAAAGAAAUGGAAAAUUGUCAUUACCAAUAUCUUCAACUAUUCAUCCAUAUCUACUGAAACAAUCACGAACUUGUCCAUCACAACUUCAUGAUAAAAUGUCCUUAAUACCCAAAAUUCCUAGGAAUAAACAACUAUUAUCAUCAUCAUCUUCUUCUUCUUAUCAAAAUCCUCAAAGUUUACAUAAAAUUUCUCAAGAUGAUUCAUUUUCAUUUAUAAAUUUUAAUGAAUUUGAAUUUUCUCAACGAGGGACUUUAUUAAAAUCAAAAACAAGAACAUCAAAUCAAUUCUUUCUUACCAAAAACCCUAACCCUAACCAUAUUUACAACAACCCCAAUUUCCAUAAUCAAAAUAAUGAUAAUAAUAAUAAUAAUAGUGGAAGUAGUGAUACUAUAAAUAAUGAUAUUACUACUACUAGUAAUAAUAAUAAUAACUUUGAAACUAAUGAUUGUAGUAUUUUUUCAACCCUUGAAGAAAACCAGAAAAGAAUUGACACCACCACCUCCACCACCACCAUCAACAACAACAACAACAUUAGUAACGAACUAGUAGAUACAUUAUCUAUUGUUUCAUCUAAUUUAAUAGUUGAUGAUAAAUAUAGAUUGAAUAUUAUAUCUGAUGAUGCCUCAUUUCAACCAUCACAUGGGAAUUUUUUCCACACUGCUACCACCACCUCCACCAACAACAACAAUAAUAAUAACAACAAUAACAACAACAUUAAUAAUGGCACAAUAACUACAACCAUCUCAACAGCAGGAGGUAAUGUUGGGAAUAGUAUGAUUACGCCUACAGAAAGUACUAAAGUAGUGGUGGGGAAAAAGUUGAUUGAUCGAUUACAUCAUAGUUUAAUUGAUUAUACUAGUGAUCAUGUACUGAUUGAACAAGGAUCAAUUGAUUCUAGUAUUGAAUCAAGAGAAAGUUAUGAUUGUAAAUUUAAUAUUCAUCACCAUCACAAUUACAAAGAAAAAGAAGAAGAAGAAGAAGAAGAAGAAGAAGAAGGAGGAGAAUUUGGUAAUAAUAAAUGUUAUCAGAAUAUUAUUCAUCAUAAUGGAAUUCAAUAUAACAAUACUGGUAAUAAUAUUGUUGAUAAUGAGAUACCUCCAUCACCAUCAAUAUCAUCACCAUCAUCAUCAUACAUGCAAGAUCAACCAUCAUUAGAUUUAUUACUAUUAUCACCUCAAAAAUCACCAAUAAUAACUUCUCAUCAUCAUCAUCAACAACAGAAAUAUAAACGAAAAUUACCAACAACAACAGCAACUACAACUACAACAACAACACCCAGAGUUUCAAAAUUAUCAUUAUUAGAUUCACCAAAUCCAAUGAUUCCUACAAUAUCAUCGAAAUUUCUGUCAACAAUAUUGAUUGAUGAUCCCAUGACUAUAAAUAAUAAUUUAAUGACUAAUGCUAUAUAUCAAUCAAAAUUGAUCGAUCAUCAACAUCAUCAACAUCAUCAUCAACAACAACAAGAAGAAGAUUGUCAAUGGGAACCAUUUCAAGAAUCUUCAGCAACAACAACAACAUCAUCAUCAACAAGAACUAUAUCAAUAGCUUCAAAACAUGGAUCAUUAACUAAUGUGAUACAAUUGAUGAAGAAAAAAGUUCGACAUUUAUAUAAUAAUGUUGUUCAUAAUAAAGUUAGUAAAAAAAAAGAAUUAAUUUCUGAAAUAUCAAAAAUAGAUGAUAAAAGUAAUACCAGUAGGAAGGACAAAACCGAAAUCUUUGAAAUGAAGAGUGUUAUCAGUGAUGAUGAUCAUGAAAUGAAAUCAAAUAUUGGUACUAUUAUUACUACCACCACGCAGAACAAGAAGAAGAAGAAGAAAAAAAUAAAGAAUAAUAAUACAAUCAAUAUUGAAAAUCAUUAUACUACUACUACUACUAAUAAUAGUAAUAAUAAUAAUAAUAAUCCCAAAUUAACUGAAUUUAGAUCAUCAUCAUCAUUUAAUACCACAUUAAAUCGAAAUAUAAUAACUGGCAUAAAUCAUGAUAAUAUGUCUAGUAAUGGAAGUAUAAUAAAUGAAGGAUAUGAUAAAGAUGAACAAUUAACAGGAGCAUUACUUUAUAUAAUUAGUGAAUAUCCCCAAGAAGAGGAAGAGGAAGAAGAGGAGGAAGAAGAGGUUGGUGAAGUACAACAAAAUCAUACUAUUAAAUCAAAAGAAACAUUACCUCAUGAUGAAGAUCGCUUAAUGGGGAAAUUAGAAGAAAGUUCAAAUGAUGGUGAUGAUGAACAAAGUAAUUCCAAUUUACAUAGCAUAGAAAGUUUUCAUAACCAACAACAACAACAACCACAAGAAGUAAGGGAACAGAUGAUGAGGGAAGAAGAAAAUGAUACUGAAAAAGAACAACAAGAAGAUUUUUAUGAUAAUAAUGAUAGUAAUACUAGUUUAGAAAAUUUUUAUGGACUUGAUAAUGAAUUCUUAUUCAAUAGUAUAACCAUUAAAUGA